UGCACAUGACAAAAUCCUGGUAACUAUAUGGAUAGAGCUGCUUUCACAGUAGAUAGAUUUAGUGUAUACAGCAGGGGGGAAAAAAUCCAACCAGAAUGAGAGUUUUAAAUCAACUUGUAGAUCUACUGAUAUUGAUCACCUUGCUCAUUUCCACUACUGCUGUUCAGGCUCAAUUCGGAUGCUUCACUGAUCCAGACUGUGCUACUGCUGUUGUGGGGGGACCUUCUUCCAAUGCUGAGGACUGUUGUGUCAAUAAUAAUGCAGGACUGUAUUACAAUGAUGGUGGUCAAUGCUUCCAGUGCAUAGUGUACGGCUUUGGCUCGGACUCCUUCACUAGACCAGAGGCCCAAUUUCCUUAUGAUUUUCCAUUUGGAUACUUCAAGGAUCCAUCUAAUGCACAGCUUAGGGUGGCCAUUGACUACAAUGGGGAAGGAACAGCAUUAGAAGAUGAGUUUGGUAUAAGUCAGAGUGUUGUUUCUCUAACUCUCAACCCUGGCGGAACUACCUCCAUCAUCUUCCAAGCAGACAGAGUGGCAUUGGAACCAGAUGAGACCUUUGUGUUGGAAUUGGCACUGCUUAAUGUGGCCAAUGUUAACCGAGCACUUUUUGAUUCAUCUUUGCCAAAUAUUUUCUUUCGGAGUAGGCAGGAGUUCAUUAUACAGGAUAGUACAGCCCUCGUUUUUCGGCUGAGAGAGAGCGACGAAGUUUUAGAUGAGGAUGAUGGCUUCAUCUUCAUUGAGGUGACAGUGGCCAAUGAGGUAGAAUUGGCCUCCGAUAUCUCACUAAUUCUGACACCCAUGGUCGCUACUGAAGAUUUUAGGCCUCUACCAACUACCAGACCAAUUGCAAGAGCUAACACUAUUCCAGACAGGAUAGAUUUCGUUACUACACCCAUCACACUGAAUUUUAUGGCUGGUGGGGAGAUUCUUUUGGCUGGAGAUGUACUGAUAUACGAUGAUCUGAUUGACGAAGCCUUGGAGUAUUUUGUGGUUACUUUAACUUUUCAUGAUCCAGCUAACGUGCCACCAUUAGCUUCAAUUGAAAGCAAUGGCGGCGAUAUAAUUCGCAUCGACAUUGUAGACAACAAUGAUAUCUUUAUUGGAUUUUCCCUACCAAAUACAACAUAUCCGGAGGUAGAAGCCGAUCACCAAAUUCAAAUUAUUAAAGGAGCAGGCAAUGUCACUGAACAAACCAUCAGCUUUGUAGUUAAUUUGUUCCAAACUGCUCCAGAUGGACUUGGAAAUGCCAUUCUCUCAGCUGACAGAGAGGACAAUGAUUUCUCAUUUCCAUCAUCAACUUUAGAAUCAAUAGAACCAGAGGAGAAUGACGUGUUUGUAGAAGUGACUAUAUUUGCGGACAAACUGCCUAAGGUAACAGAAGCUGCUCAACUCAGACUAAGCCUACCCACUCAGACUGAUGGAAUGUUCCCAGGGUUUGAGACCCUCCCAGAAUACCCUGAAUUCUUCAUCAUUAUUGAAGAUGAUGACCAAGAAAGUUCAAUUGGAGAAUUAACGGUCGGUCUUGGGGUUGAAACUGUACGAGGCACAGCAGAUGGAAAUGACUAUACGGAAAUGACUGGACCCCGUUUUGCCCAUUUUUUAAGCUUUAGUGAUACUAAUCGUCGGAGUUGCUUCAUGGUUGAGAUAACAGAGGACAAUCGUUACGAACUUGAAGAGCAAUUUUCUCUGCAAUUUAUUGCGCUUGAAGGCACUAGUUUACCUGAAAACCUUGUGAUCGAUCCAUCUGGCAGUAACAUCACAAUUUUAGACAAUGAAGAGGUGACUGUUGGUUUCAUCAACCCACCAUACUCUACCAGUGAGGACAAAGGACCAAUCAUAUUCACUGUGGGAGUGACUAGCUAUAGUGGUCAUACAUUGAACAGAGAUAUUGAGUUGUUCUUCUCAACUGCUAACGGUCUGAUAGCAGAUUUUGCUGCUAUGGCUGGUCUGGACUACACUUCGAUUAUCAACAUGCCAAUCAUUCUGAGCGCAGGCAUGCAAAGCAUUCAGAUUCCAGUUGAUGAUCCAAUAAUUGAGAAUAAUGAAAUGUUUCAAGUUACUAAUCAUCAUUAGUGGGGAGAGAGUGUCCCUGAGUCCAGGCACUGCCAAUGCUACCAUCAUCGAGGACGAAGUUAUCUGUCAAGAGUUAGAAUUGCUUGUUAAUGGUCGUAUUGAGUACUCACCUGACACGACGGCUCCAUACCUCGAGGGAACUAACGCUGAGCACAUCUGUUUCCCUGGAUUCGUUCUUAUCGGAAACGUGAUCAGAGUUUGUCAAAGUGACAGCACUUUCGAUGGAUUACCACCAACGUGUCAACGUUUAGAGUGUGAAGAGCUGCUCCCUCCUGGGAAUGGAUCAAUCUUGUAUCACAUUGGCAUCUCUUUCCCGGGAACCAUAGCAAUGUACACGUGUGAGGAUGGGUUCUUCCUAGAUGGGGAUAAUGAGAGGAACUGUACCACUGGAGAGGCAGGAAGUAGAAUGGUGUGGGCGUGGACUGGCCAAGAACCACUAUGUGUCCCUUUGUGUAACGAUCUUCCACCACUCACUAAUGGAAUGAUCAUGUACAAUGUGUCUGAAGGACCACAUAGGACAGUUGCUACGUACAUUUGUGAUGAAGGGUUCCAGCUUCAAGGAGAUGAGAUAAGGACAUGUGAAGAUCGAGUGUGGGCGGAAGCUAGUCCUCUUCAGUGUGCACAAGAAGGUGUGCUGCGAUACGUGAAGAUUAUUGCUCCCUCAAGCUUGUAAUAAUUAUAACAGCAUCACUGCGCUCAGACUUGGGCAUGCAUAUAUUGUACGUCUGAAGCAUGCAUGCAGCAACAAAAUUAAUUGCAAGCUAAGAUAUGAAUUUCAAUUUUAAUCCUUCUAGCAAAACACUUCGUUAAUAUAGGGAACGCGUAUAUGGCUACGUGUAUGUUUUUAGCUCAAACAUAGAUAUAAGAAGGGAGAGGGAUGGGAAACGCUACGUAAAUAGCAUUGACGAUCCACGUUUCGGUCAAUGUUUUCUUCUCUAUUUCCUCCAGCCCAUGCUUUUAGCUAGUACUAGGCUAUAAACUAGCUACUGAGCUCUCAAUCCUCAACCAUCUACAGCAAGGGACGGAGCUUCAGAGGUGCAGUUUGAACUAACACCCUGUGAGGCUUAUGGGCCUGUGACAGUCCCCAUGAACGAUAAUAAUUAAAACCAGUUACUUCGAAUUCAUAUAAUGUACAGGACAUUGAAACAGAUGUAGAUCUAGUUGUGAACUGAUACUUUAUAAUUAUUAUCAUCCAGAAUUAAUUAAGGCUAAGUAAUUUCCUGUACAUGACAAGAUGAAAGUUAAAGCAGUAACUAUGGAGCCAGUACAGUAGGCUUUAACUAGUAGAUGUAGAAUUGCUUCCACAUAUACAGUAGAUCUAGAUCUAGCAGGAGCACAAUCAAAGACAGGAUGGGAGUUUCACAUCAACUCCUAUUGACACUAUUAAUGACAGUGAUCACCUUGCUCACUUCCACUGCUCAGGCCCAAUUCACUGGAUGUUUCACUGAUCCUGGCUGUGCUACUCUUGUUGUGGGGGGACCUUCUUCCAAUGCUGAGGACUGUUGUGUCAAUAAUAAUGCAGGACUGUAUUACAAUCAGGGUGGUCAAUGCUUCCAGUG